GACCCCAUGUGAUUGGGUGGUAGGUGCCUGGACACGUUUUAAUACAAGUUCCCCUCUCCCACCGCUCCCCCUCCCUUCUCUCUCUCUCUCUCUCUCGCUCGCUCGCUUCCCCUAUCCAGAGUUGGGAUCUGGCUUCACUCUAGCAAUGGCAGGAAAGAUCUCCACGUUGGUGUUGAAAGUUGACCUAGAAUGCCACCGUUGUUAUAAAAAGAUCAGGAAAACGAUUUGCCAGCUCCAAGAUCGAGAGAACAUAAAAACUAUCUCCUACGAUGAGAAGAACAACACUGUCACGAUCUCUGGCCCAUUUGAUCCCCAAAAGCUUUCCAAGAAGCUCCGCUGCAAGGCCUGCAAGGUGAUCAAAGACAUCCAAAUCAUAGAGAUCAAGGAGAAGCCAAAAGACCCUCCCAAGGACUCUAAGCCAGCUGAACCGGCCCCAGCUGAGAAGGAGAAACCCAAGCCACCUAAAUCCGAACCAGAACCAAAACCAAAGCCAAAAGCUGACGCACCACCAUCUGAACCGGCACCGAAGCCCAAAGCCGACCCACCAGCCGCAAAACCGGACCCUCCAAAGACCGAGCCUGCACAGCCAAAGGGUGAACCAAAGCCGCCGAAGCCUGAACCGGUGACGGUCGGUCCGGUCCCGGGUCAGCCACCGGUCUGGCCGGCUUGUUGCGGUGCGCCAUACUACGAGGGGUAUUAUGGGGGGUGCCGGUGCUGGUCAUGUGGAAGGGUGUAUGGAUGGGUUGCCAAUGGUCCACCCAUGGCCCAUGGUGGGCCAUCCUAUGAAGGGAAUAAGCCAUGCUAUUUCUUUUGCGAGGAGGAUCCAUCAACGUCAUGUACCAUCAUGUGAUCAUGUUCCCAUUUCUCUUUUUUGCUUAAAAUAUUUAUUACAUAAUCUUAUUAUUUCAUGUCUUGUUGGGUGAAUAUUAAAUAAGGUGGGGGAUGUCAGAUCUAUGAGGGAGUAAAGAGGUGAUAUAUAUAUAUAUAUAUAUAUAAAGGCUAUUGUGAA